UGGGAGUUUUCAGACCUCCAGUUUCAGUCCUGCCUGCAGCUCUAGUCGGUAAGAGACACCCAGCCCCAGCAAUUGGAUUGGGCAGCCUGUCUUGACACACCACUGUGCUGAGUGCUUGAGGACGUGUUUCACCAGAUGGUUGGGGUUAGUGUGUGUCAUCACAUUCGAGUGGGGAUUAGGAGCAGGAAGGCUGCCUUGCUGGAGCUGUGUGGUCUCCUCCAAGUGAGAGUUGCAGGCAAGAAAACUACUUUGCGUUUGGAAGAGGAGGAAUUCAUUUUCAGCAGCCACAAGAAAGGCAGUUUUUUUUUCAGGUAUUGUUGCCUCUGGACCAUCAUCUAAAGAAGGCGAAAUUGCUCAAUGACAUGCAGUUUUUCAGGACAGAAAAACUGUAGAAAAUCUUCCAAGGACCCCAUCUGCAGAUGUUCUGAAUACCACUGAAUGUAGAAAUUGAUUAUUCAACCAAGAUACCUAAUUCAAGACUGUCCAGACCUGCAGAAACCAGGAGGCUGAGACAUACAGUUGCUUUUGCAACACUGGACCAAACACAAUGAAGUAUUCCUGCUGUGCUCUGGUUUGGGCUCUCCUGGGCGCUGAACUGCUUGGGGGGCUCUGUUCAACUGUUAGAUCUCCAAGGUUCAGAGGACGGAUACAGCAGGAACGAAAAAACAUCCGACCCAACAUUAUCCUUGUACUCACAGACGAUCAAGAUGUGGAACUGGGGUCCCUGCAAGUCAUGAACAAAACAAGAAAGAUUAUGGAACAUGGAGGAGCUACCUUCACCAAUGCCUUUGUGACUACACCCAUGUGCUGCCCCUCCAGAUCCUCCAUGCUCACAGGGAAGUAUGUGCACAACCACAAUGUCUAUACCAACAAUGAGAACUGCUCUUCACCCUCCUGGCAAGCGAUGCACGAACCUCGGACUUUUGCUGUGUAUCUUAACAACACUGGCUACAGAACAGCCUUUUUUGGAAAAUACCUCAAUGAGUAUAAUGGCAGCUAUAUCCCUCCUGGGUGGCGAGAAUGGCUUGGAUUAAUCAAGAAUUCUCGUUUCUAUAAUUACACUAUUUGUCGCAAUGGCAUCAAAGAAAAGCAUGGAUUUGAUUAUGCAAAGGACUACUUCACAGACUUAAUCACUAACGAGAGCAUUAAUUACUUCAAAAUGUCUAAGAGAAUGUAUCCCCAUAGGCCCGUUAUGAUGGUGAUCAGCCAUGCUGCGCCUCACGGCCCAGAGGACUCUGCCCCACAGUUCUCAAAACUGUACCCCAAUGCUUCCCAACACAUAACUCCUAGUUAUAACUAUGCACCAAAUAUGGAUAAACACUGGAUUAUGCAGUACACAGGACCCAUGCUACCCAUCCACAUGGAAUUUACAAAUGUUCUGCACCGCAAAAGACUCCAGACUUUAAUGUCAGUGGAUGAUUCCGUGGAAAGGCUGUAUAAUAUGCUUGUGGAAACAGGCGAACUGGAGAACACAUACAUCAUUUAUACUGCUGACCACGGCUACCAUAUUGGGCAGUUUGGACUGGUCAAGGGAAAAUCCAUGCCAUAUGACUUUGAUAUCCGUGUGCCUUUCUUUAUUCGUGGUCCAAGUGUAGAACCAGGAUCAAUAGUCCCACAGAUUGUUCUCAACAUUGACCUGGCUCCUACGAUCCUGGAUAUUGCUGGGCUUGACACCCCUCCUGAUGUGGAUGGAAAGUCUGUUCUCAAGCUUCUAGAUCUGGAAAAGCCAGGUAACAGGUUUCGAACAAACAAGAAGGCCAAAAUUUGGCGUGAUACAUUCCUCGUGGAAAGAGGGAAAUUUCUGCGUAAAAAGGAGGAAUCCAACAAGAAUGUUCAGCAGUCAAAUCACCUGCCUAAAUACGAGAGAGUCAAGGAACUGUGCCAGCAGGCCAGAUACCAGACAGCCUGCGAGCAACCUGGGCAGAAGUGGCAGUGCAUCGAGGAUACAUCUGGCAAACUGCGAAUUCACAAGUGUAAAGGCUCCAGCGACCUGCUCACCGUCCGGCAGACCACGCGGAACCUCUACUCUCCGGGCUUCCCAGACAAGGAUAAAGAGUGCAGUUGCGGGGAGCCUGGCUAUCGAAGCAGCAGAAGCCAGAGGAAGAAUCAAAGGCAGUUCCUGAGAAACCAGGGGACUUCCAAGUACAAGCCCAGAUUUGUCCAUACUCGGCAGACCCGUUCCUUGUCGGUCGAGUUUGAAGGUGAAAUCUAUGACAUAAACCUGGAAGAGGAAGAAUUGCAAGUGUUGCAACCAAGAAACAUUGCCAAGCGCCAUGAUGAAGGCCACAAGAGACUAGGAGGUCGACAGGCUGCUAGUGGUGGCAACGAAGAUGUAAUGCUGGCAGACACUGGCAAUGCCGUGGCCCUGCCCACCACCGUCCGAGUGACACACAAGUGCUUUAUUCUUCCAAAUGAUACAAUCCAUUGUGAGAGAGAACUGUAUCGAUCAGCCAGAGCCUGGAAGGAUCACAAGGCAUACAUUGAUAAAGAGAUUGAAGCUUUGCAAGACAAAAUUAAGAAUCUGAGAGAAGUGAGAGGACAUCUGAAGAGAAGAAAGCCUGAGGAGUGUGAGUGUGGUAAGCAGAGUUAUUACAACAAGGAAAAAGGUGUCAAAAAGCAAGAGAAGUUAAAAAGCCAUCUUCACCCGUUCAAGGAAGCAGCUCAAGAAGUAGACAGCAAACUGCAGCUCUUCAAGGAGAACCGGCGGAGAAAGAAAGAAAGGAAGGAGAAGAAGCGCCAGAGGAAGGGGGAGGAGUGCAGUCUUCCAGGCCUCACCUGCUUCACACAUGACAACAACCACUGGCAGACGGCCCCCUUCUGGAAUUUGGGAUCCUUCUGUGCUUGUACAAGUUCUAACAAUAACACCUACUGGUGUUUGCGUACAGUUAACGAGACACAUAAUUUUCUUUUCUGUGAGUUUGCAACUGGAUUUUUGGAGUAUUUUGAUAUGAAUACAGAUCCUUACCAGCUCACAAAUGCGGUACACACAGUAGAACGGGGUAUUUUGAAUCAGCUUCAUGUACAACUGAUGGAGCUCAGAAGCUGUCAGGGGUAUAAGCAGUGCAACCCAAGACGAAAAGGCCUUGAAGUCGGAAAUAAAGAUGGAGGAAGCUAUGACCUACACAGAGGACAGUUAUGGGAUGGAUGGGAAGGUUAAUCUGCCCAAUCUCACUGCAGAUGUCAACUGGCAAGGUCUGGAGGACUUAUACAGUGUGAACGAAAGCAUCUAUGAGUACAGACAAAACUAUAGACUUAGUCUGGACGACUGGACUAACUACUUGAAGGAUGUAGAUAGAGUAUUUGCACUGCUGAACAGCUACUAUGAGCAAAAUCAUACCAAUAAGACUGACCCUGCUCAGCUGGAUGGGUUCCUGGCUUUAUCUGCUGAGCUGUCUGUGCCAGUCGAGAUGGCCUCCGCUGAGUCAGCUGAAGACCCAAUGCAUAUGGCUGGGGAAACACCUCACUUGACCUUGCCAGCUGACCUUCCAACCCUGCACUUGAACCAACUAAUAUUCAGUCCGGAGAGUAAACUUGAAUGGAGUAACGACAUCCCAGAAGUUACUGCGUUGAAUUCUGAACACUGGAGGAAUCAUAAAACUGAGACGUGGAUGGUGCAAGAAGAAAUGAAUCACCUUGAAACAGAUUUCAGUGGCCAUGACAUGACAGAACUCGUGCUCCAGUCCAGCCCCGGGCUACAGAAAGAAUUUUCCCAGGAUGGUGGUCCAAACGAAGAUGUUUCCGAAGGUGGUCUGUUUCUCCCUGUGCAUUCUGGUGUUGAUUCUACUCGCCUGAGGACCAGUGUGUCCACCAUGAAACAGCUUAUUAACUCCAGCAGUGAGGACAGGAUUUCAAAUGAGGUGGAGAAAGACCACAAAAGACAGGACUUCCAGAGCCAGGAAGGCAGUGCCUCCUUUCCACUCUCCUCUGAUUAGGUGAAAUUACUACUCUGCCCUCAACACAGUAUUUUUUUUUUUAACUUCUUUUCUCUUUCUUUCUUUUUCUUUUCUUUUCUUUCUUUCUUUUUUUUUUUUUUUUUUUUUAGUAAUAAAGGCAAUCACAACAACAAACAUUCCAAGCUGCCGUAGUAGAGAUUAGUGUGCAUGUGAAAGAUACCCAUACAGGACUAUUGUUAUUCACUAUCUGCCAAGAGUAGAAAGGUGGGCUUGUGCUUAUCCAUUUGCUUUUUGGGGGGCCACUAAGACAGUAUUACCUUUCAAAAGCUGUAGGCCACACGCAUAUAUAAACGUUAUCCAAUCAAGAUAGCUAGAAUUGUGCCUUUCUGAGUGUCAAAACCUGACAUUCUCAAUGAAGACCUUUAACACAGUUUUCCACUGCCUCCAUAAUGUGGUCUGGAUUCCUUUGCAGCCACUGGAAUUUUUCAGUGUCAUCAUUUUUGGUUCAGUGAUUUUUGCACUUUGAGAUCAGAAUGCCAUAUAGUCUUUGUUUUGUCCUUGCCUUGUCAAUAGUCUCACUGCUUAUGGUAGUGCGACAACGUGAGAGACACCGUUCUCCCCCAGGGGAUGACACACAGUAUGGAUGUCAUAUUGUUGAGUAUAUGCUUUUGCCAGGAAAUAUUGCAUGUGUUUUACCUCGACUUGCUAAAACUGAUUAGCAGAAAGGCAUGACUAAUGAUGUUGGCAGUAAAAAUAAAUAAAUAAGCAAAGCAAAGGUUGCCUGCUCUCUCUGUACCUGGUCCAAGAGUGUCCAUCAAAUGCUUAAGAUUGCUAAAUUUUUAUUUUCUUAAUAAGUGAAAAAGACUGGGAAAAAAAAAAACACAUUUGUUUUUCUUUCUUUUGUUUUCUUGACCUGGAUUCAUUGUUUCAACAUUGAGCUUCAAUGCUGGGAAAAAUAUGUUUAGUUUUGAAUUUAUGCAAGAAAUUUUUAUUUGGCAAAACAAACUUGUGAAUAUUUCAUAAUUUAAACACACCAUAUGUGUUGUGUGAUUAUUUUUAAGGCCUUCACAAAGUUCUGCUUUUUUUUUUCAAAGGCAUCAUUCAAAACUGCUUUAGAAAAUCUGUGUCCUUGAAAAUAUUCUAGUCAUGAAUUAUAUUUUUGAAUACCAGCAGAGAGAUUACCUCAUUGAGAGUUGUCAGUAGUUGAAUCAACUCCCCACAGUUAUUUUUGUAGCUUAACAGUGCUUCUCUUUCAAUUUUAGAUAAUUCAAAUACAUAAGUAAAUUGGUUUCUUUAAGUGUUUAAGACAAACUCUUUUAAAGAAAAUUUAAUGUGUUAUAGCUGACUCUUUGAAAACUUUAAGUCUUUAUCAUAGAAUAUGUACAUAUGUUAAAAUUAACUAGUUCGUUAUCAGAUGUGUGCGUACCGACUGAAUGACAAAAAAUCAUAUUUAUGGUCAUGAAUGCUGUGCUUUGUAAAAAGGUCUCAAGUUACUAGGAAACAUACUGUGCUUUUUUAAUCUUGUGUAAUAUUCCAUGAUACUUUUAUAGAACAAUUCUGGCUUCAGGAAAGUCUAGAAGCAAUAUUUCUUGAAAUAAAAAGGUGUCUAAACUUUA